CCUGACUGCUGAGUGACAUUGCAUAAUGCCUUCUACACGUCUUCGUAACUUCGCUACUUCACUAAAUCUCGCGCUCGAUGAAUAUCCCGGACCCAAACAUGGACCUACCGCCUCUAAGCAGCGAGCAUGUCAACGCCGUAAGAUUACCGCCACUGCAUACGCUAUUCCCUAGGAGAGUUGGAAUCAGCGAGAGGCAACCAGGUCGCCAGCAGACAAUGGGCACACUAUCCGAAGCCUUCCCCGAACAUUCACAGCUUUAUCGAUAUCCCGUAUCAACAACCGCGAAACUAGACCACAUUGUUUCGAGGCUGGGGGAUCUCACAGUACGAGCAGUCUUCGAAACUCAUGGGAUUACAGACUUAUGGCUUCCCCUCCCGAAACAGACGCUUCGAAAGUUUCUUGAACAUCCCCAGGAUCAAAACAGAUUCGAGCAGCUCCAACACGAUAUACUUGACGUAGACCUGACACAUUACAACUCUCUUGAACGUAGAAAUACACUACGCCCAUUCCACGCCAUCUUUGAAGACGAUGAUACCGUUGUGUCGGUGCGCAGAUCGUUGGGCGACGGAGGUUAUGGAACUGUUGAAGAAGUGUCGAUACCAACAACUCCUUGUCCUCUAAUAUGCGUACGAAAGAAGAUCGGAAGACCAAAGCAGCUCAACGCUCACAAAAGGAUUAUGACCGCCUUUGCUCGUGAGAUUGGCGUUAUGCGCCAAGUGACUUAUCAACAUUGCGUGCGCUUCGUAAAGAGUUAUACGGACUCAGAUUCAGUUAAUAUACUUUCUCUUCCUGUGGCAGAUAUGGACCUUGCCGUUUUUAUGGAUCAGCCAAGUCUGACUAAAAAGCAAGAACAGAUUUUACUCCAAGGCAUGCACUGCCUUUGUAACGCGCUGAACUAUCUUCAUCAGAAUAGGAUUCGACACGAAGACCUUAAACCCCAAAACGUACUCGUACAUGGAGAUAACAUCCUGCUCACCGAUUUUGGUUUCAGUCUCGACUUUUCGGAGGACGACGUUUCGACUACCACAGGUCACCCUUCCGCUUGGACAAUUCGGUACGCGGCACCCGAAGUGCUAGAGCAUGAGCCACGUAAUAGGGUAACCGACAUAUUCUCCCUCGGUUGUAUUCUCACGGAGAUGCUUUCAGCUCUUUGCGGCUACAAUCUCUCGGAAGUAAAAGAUCACUGGAAACGAACCGGCAACGGUCAAUCUAGCUUCGCACGUAACAUGGAGGCGACGAACACUUGGUACGAUGGAUUGGACAUGCAUGCCCUCCACUUUGACAUAAUAGUCCCUAUGGUACGCUCUAUGCUGGCAUCUGAUCGGCUAUUACGUCCUUCGAUUGGGCAAAUUGUGGAUCGUUUCUCGGACGUGAACGAUCUUGAUUAUGACGCUUCAGCACUUAUAGCUGGGUGUUGUAAGAGGAAGUCGAUUUAUGAUAUCUUUACCACGGAUAUCGGGUUCUUAUCGUCAUGUCACUUCUAUCCUUGGUGCUAUGACAAUUGGACAUAUAUACUGCUCGAUUUGGAUUUGCGCUUCAUUGCUUCCGAGAACAAUACCUACUCCAGAUUCCAAGGUCAAGGUAUACUUGACGCUUUUGAAGAUUUCGAACAUAUCAGAAGAAAAUGCAACAUCCUUUACAGAGGCGCCAGCAGGACUGGAAGGAACAGAAGAUUCUGGCAAGCUCACCAACAACAACGAGAGACUCUUCGAACUCAUCCGAACGGAAUGCUACACGCGAUAACCAGUAUGAAAUUGUUAUCUCUCAAACAUGUCGUUUUCACAGCUGGGUUGUGCAAAAUUCGGAAAGGCAGCGAUCUGGUCUCAUCGUUCGAAGAUCGGGUAUUGCAGGUCUCCCUUCUCCCAAUCUCUCUGUUGCGCUCGCCUUACUUCGGAUCCUUCUUCUAUAUGCUUUCGUUCUCGUCAUAUUAUGAUGACGGCUUCGCUCACCCAAUGGAGUUCGUGGAUCUGUCCAAAGAAAGCUGAGGAAACUAGAAGCUUGGAUUGUUACACACAAACUUCAGUGCCGUUGGGUCAAGUACAGUAACCACGUGAGGUGGGCGUUUCGAUGGCUUACGAAAAUA